GCCCGCAGGGGAGGCCGGCGCCGUCCGCGCUGCGGCGGGGACCGAGGCGGCGGCCGGGCAGUUAGAGGCCCGCAGCCGGGAUCGAGGCGCUGGCGCUGGCGACCGUGGAGUCGACGGGCCCGGCCUGGAGUGGAGGAAAGGCGGCUGACCCCGGUCCGUGCGCGUCCCGGGUCGGCCGUCCGGUCGCGCUGAGAAGGCGUCCGUGGCGCUGGUGUCCGCGCCCGGCCGCAUGCCGGGCCAGCCGUUGAGAGCUGUGCUAGCCAUUAUGGAGGAGCAGCUGCAGCAUUCCCAUUGUGUGAACUGUGUCAGUAGACGGUGCAUGACUAGACCAGAGCCUGGGAUUUCCUGUGAUUUGAUUGGUUGUCCAUUGGUUUGUGGUGCAGUUUUCCAUUCUUGUAAAGCUAAAGAGCAUCGACUUUUGUGUCCAUUUGAACGAGUGCCUUGCUUAAAUAGUGACUUUGGAUGUCCGUUUACCAUGGCCCGAAAUAAAGUUGCUGAACAUCUGGAAAUGUGUCCUGCAAGUGUAGUGUGCUGUACUAUGGAAUGGAAUCGAUGGCCAGUUAGUUAUGCAGACCGGAAAUCAUAUGAAAAUCUAAGCAGAGAUGUUGAUGAAGUGGCACAAUUGGAUAUGGCCUUGGCUCUUCAAGACCAAAGGAUGCUCUUAGAAUCCCUCAAAGUAGCCACCAUGAUGUCAAAAGCAACUGAUAAAGUAUCCAAACCUAGAGAACAAAUCUCAGUUAAAUCAAGUGUCCCAGAAAUACCACAUACUAAUGGUUUGGUGUCUGUUGAUGAAGAAUCUUAUGGUGCACUUUAUCAAGCUACUGUAGAAACAACCAGAAGUUUGGCUGCUGCUUUGGAUAUCCUGAAUACUGCUGCAAGAGACAUUGGCAUGUUAAAUACAAGUAUCCCAAAUGACAUGGAUGAAGAGCAAAAUGCGAGAGAAAGCUUAGAGGAUCAAAACUUGAAAGACCAAGAUCAUCUUUAUGAGGAGGAGAUAGGAGCAGUAGGUGGAAUUGACUACAAUGACACAAAUCAGAAUGCCCAGUCUGAACAAAAUGGUUCAAGUGAUUUAUUAUGUGACUUGAAUACAAGUUCUUAUGACACUUCGGCUCUUUGUAAUGGCUUUCCUUUGGAAAAUAUAUGUACCCAGGUCAUAGACCAGAAUCAGAAUUUACAUGGUGAUUCUAAACAAAGUAACUUAACAAAUGGAGACCGUGUGGCAUCAGAUGGCACUUCAAAACCUUCCAGCUCAGUUGAGGUAGCAGCACAACUUAGGGAAAUAAUACCAUCCAGUGCUUUGCCUAAUGGCACAGUUCAGCAUAUCCUCAUGCCAGAUGAUGAGGAUGAAGGUGAAUUGUGUUGGAAAAAAGUAGACUUAGGGGACUUGAAGAAUGUGGAUGUCUUAUCUUUCAGUCAUGCUCCUUCAUUCAAUUUUCUUUCUAAUUCAUGUUGGUCUAAACCAAAGGAAGAUAAAGCAGUAGAUACAUCAGAUUUGGAAGUUGCAGAAGAUCCCAUGGGCCUCCAAGGAAUAGAUCUGAUCACAGCAGCGCUGCUGUUUUGUCUAGGAGAUUCUCCAGGAGGUCGGGGUAUAUCUGAUAGCCGCAUGGCUGAUAUUUAUCACAUUGAUGUUGGGACUCAGACUUUUUCACUUCCAUCUGCAAUAUUAGCUACGAAUACAAUGGUUGGGGAGAUAGCUUCAGCUUCAGCUUGUGAUCAUGCCAAUCCACAGCUUUCAAAUCCAAGUCCAUUUCAGACACUUGGGCUGGAUUUAGUAUUGGAAUGUGUCGCUAGGUACCAACCCAAGCAGCGUUCAAUGUUUACCUUUGUGUGUGGACAGUUAUUUAGAAGGAAAGAAUUUUCUUCCCAUUUUAAGAAUGUGCAUGGUGACAUUCAUGCUGGACUCAAUGGCUGGAUGGAACAGAGGUGUCCUUUAGCUUACUAUGGUUGUACCUAUUCUCAGCGUAGAUUUUGUCCAUCAAUACAAGGAGCGAAGAUUAUACAUGAUCGCCAUUUGCGGUCAUUUGGAGUUCAGCCAUGUGUAUCUACAGUAUUAGUGGAGCCUGCUAGAAACUGUGUGUUGGGAUUACAUAAUGACCAUCUAAGUAGUCUUCCUUUUGAGGUCUUGCAGCAUAUUGCAGGCUUUCUUGAUGGCUUCAGUUUAUGCCAGCUCUCAUGUGUAUCCAAGUUAAUGAGGGAUGUGUGUGGCAGCCUGCUUCAGUCUCGUGGCAUGGUCAUACUGCAGUGGGGGAAAAGGAAGUAUCCAGAAGGAAAUUCAUCAUGGCAGAUAAAAGAAAAGGUAUGGCGAUUUAGUACUGCAUUUUGUUCUGUUAAUGAAUGGAAAUUUGCUGACAUCCUAAGCAUGGCUGACCACUUGAAGAAAUGCAGUUACAAUGUUGUCGAGAAACGGGAGGAAGCAAUCCCUUUGCCAUGUAUGUGUGUGACACGAGAACUCACUAAAGAAGGACGUUCACUACGCUCAGUUUUAAAACCUGUACUUUAAAAGUUGUAAUUUUACUUGCACAUAUAUGCAAGCACCUAGUAUAAUUUCUUUGUAAUAUGUGAAACUUUAUUAAUGUAUUAAAUAUUACAACUAGCUAAAUUUAUUGUCACUAUGUAUAUAAUGUUUUGAAGUGACAUCUAUUUUUAUAAAGUACUGUUUAGUUGGAAAAAGUUGCCUUAAUGUUUGAAAUGUGUGAAAUUUGUGGAACUUGCUGGACAGGGUGAUUUAAUUUUUAGCUGCAUAAUUUUAAGAAUUAGUAUUUUCAGUGGUGUGCAUAUUUUUGGUUCCUAAAUUUUUGCUUCUUAAACUAAAAAUAUCCUGACCAAUUUAUUCCUUGUUUUCUGUGGGUUGCAACCCAUGCAAUCAAAAAGCAAAACUUUGAUUCAGAUUUUUUACAGCAUAGGUUUUUCAUAUAAAAAUAUUCUCAAUUUCUUAAGCACUGCCAUAAGAUCAUCAUAAUGUUUUUGUUUUUUAGUGCUUCCCUAUACAAUUGUUAAUGCACAAAUGAUCUCUAAUAUAUACUUACAUAUGUAAAAUCGUAAAGUUUGAUAAUGCAGUUUAUCAUGUUUUAAAAAUAAUCCACAAAGAUGUUUUUAAUCUCAUAUACUUACAAUUCAACACAGAGUGACCAUGUGCAGCUUUCUUUUUUUGUUAGAUGCCACAUCCAAAGACUCAUCGCAGUGUGUUAUAUGACAGGACAAUGCAAAAACAAGCAAACAAAAAGCAAGCCUGUGAAUAUACUGUAAUUUGAAACUGCUCCGGGUAUUACAUAUUUGCUGGAUAUCUAAUGUUUUAAAAGAUAAUAUACCUCAUUUUAAGUUUGAAUUGGGCAUAUUGUAUAAAUUUCAAAUAUUCAGAAUGCAAAGGGCUUAACUAUUAAAUUUUUGCCUUUUGAUGUUUAUAAACAUCACAACUGUGUUGUUUUAAGACAUUUAAAAACAUGAAAUUUGUUAUCUUUGUAAAAUGACAAUCAUGUAGAAACGUGUUUCGGUUGACAAUCUCUUUGAAACGUUUCCAAGUUAAUUUCCCAUAGGCUUCACCACCAAGGAAGGAAGAAUUGCAUCUUUGCGUAAUGGUCAAGGUAUAAUGCAAAAAUAUACCUAUUCUUGAAGUAGUUUAUUAUAGUUUUCAAAUUGAUUUAUACCAUUAUUAACCUGAUGUGGUCUGCUUAAAAAAUGAAUAUAUCAGUGUUUAGAAAUAAAUUGCAGAGGUGGGGAUAUAUACUUAAACGAUUUGUCUUUAGCAUUUGGUAGUCUGAAAUGGUGACAGAUUACUUGUUAAAAUUGUGAAAACUCUGUUGUGUCCUUUCUUCCUACAUUUGUCCCUGAGAGUGCUCUAUGAUUACUAGGUUCUUGAUUCCCAUAUAUGGCAAUCGGGCAGAGGCGUUCCUUGGGCAUUAGAGAGUUCCGAAGCUUAAGAUUUGUUUUGGUUGGGUCAAGUCCUUAGUACAGUUGAAAAAUAUAGCAUUAAAGACUAAUCAAUUGUUUUGCCUCACCAGUCAUUUUAAAUAGUAGAGUACUUAUUUCUCAGUGCUUAAAAUUUCUUUUUCAACUGUGAGAUUGAAUAAACAGUCUGUAUUUCUGUGAAAAAAAACAAAAAAAUAUACAAUACCAUAAAAUAUAACUCUACCUUUUAAAGUUUUGCCGAAGAAUAUGUCUGUGGUUAGGAUAGCACAAGCAUUAACUUUUGUUUUAUAGUUAUGCUUUUUAAAAUUCAUUGGUUUCAAAUUUAGACUUCUUAUUUCCACACUGGAUUAUGAGAUAUUUAAUAAUUUUCCACCUUAUAUUUCUUUUACACAUUUUGCUGUUCUCUUUUUUGUUACUAUUAUGCCACCAUACCAUUUUGUUAAAAUGUUUUCUUUGUGAAACAUUUGUUCAAGUUCUAAUAAAAUUAAUAUUUUCCCUUAACAUGGCUCAAUACCUUUAAAAGCUUCAUUUAAAUAAAAUUUUAAUACUUGUUUGACAAA